AGAUUCUUAAGAAAUGUGGCUUUUAAAAGUUCGGCUGCACCGCUACGGAAACCACAGCGGAAAUAGGUUACGGGAGUGCAAGAAGUAUCCCAUGAAGCUGUGCCCCCCUCCCCUCCGCCUUCCGAAGCGGGCCCCGACGGCAGGAAUCAGUCGCCAUACACUUUUUCCAAGGCCAGCAGCAACCCAGCGCGUUGAGAGCGCCGGCUGCGGGCUGACGGGGCGUCCGGAGCGCCGCUUAGCGCCGACACAGCCGGUCCCGCCGGCAGCCGCGGCAGCACCGGCCCGUCCCACACCACGUCUGCGUAGCAGCCCCGCCCCGCCGUGCGGCGCCCUCCGGUGUCCCGACAGCCCUUGCGCGCCGUGUCUCUGCCGCUUCUCCGCGCCCCAGGCGCGGCCGCGCCUUUCGCGGCGCGCGGAACAUGGCGGAGCUGGAGGUGGGGCAGCACUGCGGCGUGGCAGAGUGCCGCCAGCUCGCCUUCAGCACAGGAGCCGGGAUGCUCACAGAUGUUCUGAGGUGAAUAUGAGGAACAAUUCUGUGAAACUAGAUCAACACAGAUCUUACCCAUGUUCAUACAAGGACUGCAACGGAAAGGAACUUUUGCCAGUUUUGUGUCCCUACUGUGAAAAACAUUUUUGUCUAAAACACCGGCAUCAAUCAGACCAUGAAUGUGAGAAACUGGACACACCAAAACCUCGAAUGGCUGCUACCCAGCAGCUAGUUCAACAUAUUAUAGAUUCUAAAAAAAAUGAGGAAGCAAAAAGCAAAAAACGUAAAGGAGCGAAAAACAGUGAGACAGCAGCAAAAGUGGCCUUAAUGAAACUGAAAAUGCAUGCGUCUGGGGACAAGUCCUUGCCUCAGACAGAAAGAAUUCACUUUCAAGUAUUUUUACCAAAGGGGAACAAGGAAAAAAGCAAGCCCAUGUUCUUUUGCAGUAAGUGGAGUAUUGGCAAAGUAGUAGAUUUUGCAGCUUCCUUAGCAAGCCUUAAAAAUGACAACAACAAAUCGACAUCCCAGAAAUUGAGAUUAUGCCAUGCUGCCUCUGGAGAAGUCUUGCCAUUUGAGCACACGUUGGAAACAUGGCUAUCUGAUAAAGACUGUCCAUUGUACAAUGGUGGAAAUAUAAUUUUGGAGUAUCUUGAUAAUGAUGUUCUAUUUAUAGAAGAUACUGAGUCAUAUUUUAGUUAGUGAGUUGUCACAAACAAACAAAAAAACUCAAAUGUUUUUUAGAAAUGUAGUAUUCAAACUAAGUCCAGUUUUAUUUUAAAGUCACUAUUUGCCAAAAUCUGUCCUCAAUUGGAAAGACACAGUUUCCCAUCAAUUUUGCAACUGCUUGACUGACAGAAUAACUAUGUCCUGAAAAAAACCCAAACCACUAAUAUUACAAAUAUUGACUCUCUAGAAUAAGUGCUUGUUUUAUUUAUCUCUAUAAUGUCAAUAAUGUUUCCCUAAAUUUUAUAUUUAUUUUUUUGUAAAUGAUGGGAAAAGUACAUAUGAAAACCAAUAAAUAAUGAAAGUGUAAA